AUGCAAAAUAACUUAAAAUCAUACUUUCCUAUCAUGAAACGUUCUUUUUAUGCGUUCCGAAUAGAAGGAGAAAUAAAGUUAUUUGGAAACAAUAUUGAAACUGGAAUUAAUGGAUUAAAAGAAUAUUAUAUAACACAAUUUAAAGGAUAUCCAUUUACUGAAUGGUUUUGGAUGAUUGAAUUUCAAGAUAAAUAUUUUGGAUUUCAAACUAUUUUCACAAUGAAGAAGGCUUAUAGUUUGUCUAUAAGGAAAUAUGUUCAAAUAGGUAAUCAAAUACUUGAAAUCAUAGACCUUACAGAAAACAAGAAAAUCUCCUUUAAUCAAAUGGCAAAAAAGUAUAUCCAAUUUGUGAUUGAAAAUAAUAUUAGAUAUGAGAUUAAUACAACUCUUAAACAAUCUAAGUUGGUGCAAAUUGAACAAACAAUCAAAGAAAAACAAAACAAAGUAAGGUCUAAGAAAUCUUUAAAGAAAGAAGAACAAAUCGCUCAAAUUGAAGAAAAAGAAAAACAAAUAGAUAAGGAAAAAUUUGUUACUGAACAAAGCAUUACUGAAAUAAAAGCUAAUGAAUUAACACAAACAAAAGAUGAUCAAAGUGAAUUAAUAACAGAAACUCUUGAAGAAAAUUUAUCACCUACAAUAAUUGAAGAAAAAGGAAAAAUAGAUGAUAAUAUCAUUUUAAGUGAAAUUGAACAAAAGACAGAAGAGACUCAGUUCAGUGUAAUAAAUAGUGGUAUUGAAUAUAAAUCAGUAAUCAGUCCAAUUAAACGAAAGAGUUUAUUAUCUGAAGUGGAGAAUCCAUUAUUAGUGAAAGAAAGGGAACGAAAAGAAAGAAUAAAAUUAAUAGAACAGGAAGUUAUUGAAGAACUAAGAAAGGUUGAAGAAGAAAAGAUUGUUUGUGAAAAGAAAAGGAAAAAGAAAGAGACAAAGAAAACGAAAACAAUAAAACUUAAAAAAGUAAUUAAUGAUGAAGAAGUAACUGAAAAAAGAAAAAGAGUUAAGAAAAGUGAUGACAUAAUUAAAUGGAACAUUAAUGAAGAUGAAGUACAAAAAUUUAAAGAAGAAGUUAUUAGUACUAUUAACAAUAAUAAAUGUCUAAUUGUUGUAUGUAAUGAAAGAGAACAAGAAAUCAAAGAAGCACUAUGUAAAUAUGUUAUAGAACCAGAGUAUGUUGUUGUAUAUCAAAAUGUAAUGGAAAUUAACCAAAACGAAGAAAAUAAAAAAUUAAGAAUUAUUUGUAAUCCAAGUGGAUUAAACAAUAUGUUAUAUAGUCAAUUACAGAAAGGAAUCAAAUUUCAUAGUAGUGAUGAGUCACUUCCACUAGGGACAAUAAUUAUUCUCAACCAAAAACAAUUAAGUGCUAUCUAUGGUAUUAUUGCUAUUAAUAAUUUUAUUCAGAUAAAUGGAGAAAAAUGUAUUAGUAAAGAUAAUGAUCCAGUUUCAUUUCUUAUACAGUUUGAAGAAAUUAAAAAUGUGGACAAGUGUUCAAGUGAUGAUUUUCUUGAUUUGUCCGAAUCUAUCUAA